UUUGUGUGGGGUGGAUUAGCACUGGGCUGGUUCCUGAGCGAAACUAGAGCAUCAGUCGGCACAGAGGACGAGGAUAUUCGAAAGAGCGAAAAAACACGACAGAGUAACGGUACACCAGACAACACCGCACCCCCGUCGCAGACCGCGACACCGGCCGCUCGUCUCCGUGUGUCUCCGCACGGACAUGAAAUUUACAGAUUUGGGUGUUGUGUGAGUGACGCCUUGUUACCAUGACGACCCACGUGACCCUGGAGGACGCUCUGUCCAACGUGGACCUGCUGGAGGAGCUGCCCCUCCCUGACCAGCAGCCAUGCAUCGAACCCCCUCCCUCCUCUAUCAUGUACCAGGCGAACUUUGACACCAACUUUGAAGACAGGAAUGCAUUCGUGACUGGCAUCGCCCGCUAUAUAGAGCAAGCCACAGUCCACUCCAGCAUGAAUGAGAUGCUGGAGGAAGGACAUGAGUAUGCAGUGAUGCUUUACACCUGGAGAAGCUGCUCCAGAGCCAUUCCCCAGGUGAAAUGCAAUGAGCAGCCCAACAGAGUUGAAAUUUAUGAGAAAACAGUGGAGGUGUUAGAACCCGAAGUCACCAAGCUCAUGAAGUUCAUGUACUUCCAGCGGAAAGCCAUAGAACGUUUCUGCAGUGAGGUGAAGCGCCUGUGUCACGCUGAGAGGAGGAAGGACUUCGUGUCCGAGGCUUACCUGCUCACUCUGGGCAAAUUCAUCAACAUGUUUGCAGUGCUGGAUGAACUGAAAAACAUGAAGUGCAGCGUCAAGAACGAUCAUUCUGCCUACAAACGGGCUGCUCAGUUCCUGAGGAAGAUGGCCGACCCUCAGUCCAUCCAGGAAUCCCAGAAUCUCUCCAUGUUUUUAGCCAACCACAACAGGAUCACUCAGUGCCUGCACCAACAGUUGGAGGUGAUUCCUGGCUACGAAGAACUUCUGGCUGACAUCGUCAAUAUCUGUGUGGACUAUUAUGAGAACAAGAUGUAUUUGACACCUAGUGAAAAACACAUGCUACUUAAGGUGAUGGGCUUUGGUUUGUACCUGAUGGAUGGAAACGUGAGUAAUAUCUACAAACUAGAUGCCAAAAAGAGGAUCAACCUGAGCAAGAUUGACAAGUUCUUCAAACUUCAGGUGGUGCCACUCUUUGGGGACAUGCAGAUUGAGUUGUCGCGCUACAUUGAGACAAGUGCCCACUAUGAAGAAAACAAGUCCAAGUGGACGUGCACCCAGAGCAGCAUCUCUCCACAGUAUAACCUGUGUGAGCAGAUGGUGCAGAUCAGGGAGGACCAUAUCCGUUUCAUCUCAGAGCUGGCACGCUACAGCAACAGCGAGGUGGUGACGGGCUCGGGCCUGGACAGCCAGAAGUCAGACGAGGAGUACAGGGAGCUGUUCGACCUGGCUCUGAGGGGGCUGCAGCUGUUGUCCAAGUGGAGCACUCAUGUCAUGGAAGUUUAUUCAUGGAAACUGGUCCAUCCCACAGAUAAAUUCUGCAACAAGGACUGUCCUGGCACAGCGGAGGAGUAUGAGCGGGCCACACGCUACAAUUACACCAGUGAAGAGAAAUUUGCCCUGGUGGAGGUCAUUGCCAUGAUCAAAGGGCUACAGGUUCUGAUGGGCCGAAUGGAGUCAGUAUUUAACCAGGCCAUCAGGAAUACCAUCUACGCUGCGCUGCAGGACUUUGCUCAGAUGACUCUGAGAGAACCUCUGCGCCAGGCUGUUCGCAAGAAGAAGAAUGUUCUCAUUAGUGUUCUCCAGGCCAUUCGAAAGACUGUCUGUGACUGGGAAGGGGCGAGGGAGCCUCCAAACGACCCCUGUCUGAGGGGAGAGAAGGAUCCGAAAGGUGGAUUUGAUAUCAAAGUGCCCCGCAGAGCUGUUGGUCCCUCCAGCACUCAGCUGUACAUGGUGCGCACCAUGCUGGAGUCACUGAUCGCAGAUAAGAGUGGGUCUAAGAAGACUCUCCGCAGCAGUCUGGACGGACCCAUCGUUGUGGCCAUAGAGGACUUCCACAAACACUCCUUCUUCUUCACACACCUGCUCAACUUCAGCGAGGCCCUGCAGCAGUGCUGUGAUCUCUCCCAGCUCUGGUUCAGAGAGUUCUUCCUGGAGCUGACCAUGGGCCGCAGAAUCCAGUUCCCCAUUGAGAUGUCCAUGCCCUGGAUCCUCACCGACCACAUCCUUGAGACCAAGGAACCCUCCAUGAUGGAAUAUGUGCUGUAUCCUCUUGACUUGUAUAAUGACAGUGGAUACUAUGCACUCACCAAGUUCAAGAAGCAGUUCCUUUAUGAUGAAAUUGAAGCUGAGGUAAACCUCUGCUUUGAUCAGUUUGUCUACAAGCUCGCAGAUCAGAUAUUCGCCUACUACAAAGCGAUGGCUGGGAGUGUCCUCCUAGACAAGCGCUUCAGAGCAGAGUGUAAAAACUAUGGCGUGAUAAUUCCUUACCCUCCAUCAAACCGCUAUGAGACGCUGCUCAAACAGAGACACGUACAGCUGCUCGGUCGCUCCAUCGACCUAAACCGCCUGAUCACUCAGAGGAUUUCUGCAGCGAUGUACAAGUCUCUGGACCAUGCAAUCAGCCGCUUUGAAAGCGAGGACCUCACCUCCAUUGUGGAGUUGGAAUGGCUGCUGGAGAUCAACAGACUAACCCACAGGCUCCUGUGCAAGCACAUGACUCUGGACAGCUUUGACGCCAUGUUUCGCGAGGCCAACCACAACGUCUCCGCUCCCUAUGGACGAAUCACGCUCCACGUCUUCUGGGAGCUGAACUUUGAUUUCCUCCCGAAUUACUGUUACAAUGGGUCCACAAAUCGCUUUGUACGUACAGCCAUUCCCUUCACCCAAGAGCCACAAAGAGACAAGCCAGCCAACGUGCAGCCUUACUACCUGUACGGGUCUAAGCCUCUGAACAUUGCCUACUCCCACAUAUACAGCUCCUACAGAAACUUUGUCGGCCCGCCUCACUUCAAGACCAUCUGCCGUCUCCUUGGUUACCAAGGCAUUGCUGUCGUGAUGGAAGAGCUCCUUAAGAUUGUCAAGAGCCUGUUACAGGGAACCAUCCUGCAGUAUGUGAAAACUCUGAUAGAAGUCAUGCCCAAGAUCUGUCGCCUGCCGCGUCAUGAGUAUGGCUCCCCAGGUAUCUUGGAGUUCUUUCACCAUCAGCUCAAGGACAUCAUUGAAUAUGCUGAGCUGAAGACGGACGUCUUCCAGAGCUUAAGGGAAGUGGGAAACGCAAUCCUCUUCUGCCUGCUCAUCGAACAAGCUCUGUCACAGGAGGAAGUGUGCGAUUUGCUACACGCUGCGCCUUUCCAGAACAUCCUGCCUCGAGUCUACAUCAAAGAGGGCGAGCGUCUGGAGGUGAGGAUGAAAAGGCUGGAGGCCAAGUACGCCCCUCUCCACCUUGUGCCUCUCAUUGAGAGGUUGGGAACCCCGCAACAAAUUGCCAUUGCCCGCGAGGGAGACCUGCUGACCAAAGAACGCCUGUGCUGUGGCCUUUCCAUGUUCGAGGUCAUCCUGACGCGCAUUCGCAGUUUCCUGCAGGACGGUGUGUGGCGUGGGCCACCGCCCACCAACGGCGUGAUGCAUGUUGAUGAGUGUAUGGAGUUCCACCGCCUGUGGAGUGCCAUGCAGUUUGUCUACUGCAUCCCUGUGGGCACACACGAGUUCACAGCAGAGCAGUGCUUUGGCGACGGGCUGAACUGGGCCGGCUGUGCCAUCAUCGUGCUGUUGGGACAGCAGCGUCGUUUUGACCUCUUUGACUUCUGCUACCACCUGCUCAAGGUCCAAAGACAGGACGGCAAGGAUGAGAUCAUCAAAAAUGUGCCCCUGAAGAAGAUGGCAGACCGCAUUAGGAAGUACCAGAUCCUCAACAAUGAGAUCUUCGCGAUCCUCAACAAGUACAUGAAGGCAGUGGAGACAGACAGUUCCACUGUGGAGCAUGUUCGCUGUUUCCAGCCUCCUAUACAUCAAUCCCUGGCUACAACCUGUUGAAAAAGACCCUUCACACCUAGUACACACACACACACACACACACACACUCAUAGCUGUGAUACUAAUUUCUUCUUGCUGGUUUUGUAGAAGUGAAGAUGACUGUGAUGGCCCCCAUGGGCUGUAAGAAUCCAACGACAAAUCCUCUCUAACUGCUCUUCUGUCUAAACUGUGAUUGUCCUUGGAUUCUUAAAACCCAUAGGAACGGUCCAGACCAGAGGUGGAAGUGAAUAUUCACACCUUUUCUUUUUAUUUCACUCUCUGUGUGGCUCUCAAGAUUCAUGCAUGCCUUCUGUUAUCCGCUCCGCUGCACACCUGUGGAUUGGGCCAGUGACACAAAUGAUUAAACAUGAUGUGUAUCCCACAAUCUAAAGCCCUCAUUGACUCCAUGUGUUAAACAAACAGUCAUUCGGAGUCAAAAGCACUGACAUUUCACUGAGGAGCUUAGAGAAAAGUUUAAAUCUAACAUUGUUUGAAUAAAUUGCUAAAUGAUGAGACUGAUUAACUUAUUUUGUAAGUUAUAUAAAGUUAUUUUAAGUGCAACAUGGUGCUCUCAUGUGCUGAUACAGCUACUAACAUUACUAGCACAGGUUCAAGUACACCUGCUAUCGUUAUUAUGUGAGUCCUCGAUAUGACCUGGCCAUUCUUCAGACUCAUUUGUACAAUAACCUGAUCUGACUGGGUUCAUGAUGCAUAAAUGAAAAUGCUUUGUAAGAAAUUAAUUCACAAAGCUGUUUUAUUUUAUUUGCUUUUAAUCAUGUCACCCCUCAGUCUGGUUUUCUUGCUUCUUUUCCUGCCACAUUUUUAUUUGGUACCAGUUCCACUGUAAAUUUCACUGUUGAGCAAAGUGAAGUGUUGAGUGUUGUAAUUGUUCUUGUUUUUAUUAAUUAUUAAUAUUUUUUAUUUACACAUCCUUGGUAUGCUUGCCUCUCUACUAUUGACUGGAAACCUCAUCCUCUGUUUUGUUUCUUUUUCUGUUUGUCUGUUGGAAAGAUUUUUAUAUUCUGUACAUGAAUACAGUGAUAUUAUUUACAAUUUGGAAAUUACAUCUUUAUCUCGAUAAAUGCGUUUGCUUUUUUCAAGGGUAAAAAAAAAGACAAAACAGAACAAACAAGACUAGAAGAAAUACCUCUAGGCUGUAUAAAGACAGUGCUGUACUAGAUUAACCUGUUUUGAGUGUGAAUGGGUGAUUCUGUGAAACAAACUGCACAUGAAAGAACAAAAAAAAUCACAACUAAAAUGUCUAUUAUAAUUAAAGGGCAGUUUCCUACUUAUAGUCAGUAUUUACUGUUAAUGGAUUUUUGUUUUAGAUUUAGCAAAGUUAUUACAAUAUGCAAAAAAAGUUCCCUAUUUUUAUUCAUUAGAAGGAAAACGAAUGAAUUAUGAAUAAGUCACAUUCACCUAAACCCCUGUGAUCUUUUUCUGCUUCGGUUUAAAUGAAGACGUUUUCUUCUUUUUUCUUUUUUUAAAAAAACACCACUGUUUUUAUUAUAUUUAUUCAACUCUUGACUUCUUGUUGAUUUAAAGGUUAAUCUAGUAAAAACGAAGGUACAAUGUAUCAAUCUUGAAACCUUAGCAUGGCAAGUGUAAUUUAUUGUCAUCAAUGGCUCCAUUUGUGACAUGAGGCUUUGUUUAUUAUAUUGUUGUACAAGUGACCAUGUUUUCAAGUCCAAAAAAAACAAACAAAAAAACAAAACAGAAAAGAGUAUAACAUGUACAACAAUGGUCCUGCAAAGGAUUUGGAAUUAUGUUGUAUUUCCAAGAAAUAAAAAAAUGUUUAACUGAAACAAUGUAUUUACAAUAUUGGUUUUCAGUGGGUUCUACCUUUGAGUGCAGUAUUAAAGUUGUAAACAGA